AAACAAACAAACAAACAAACCGGAGGAGAAUUACGCAGGAAGGAAGAAGGAUCAUCAUCAGCAAAAGCUCUGGAGCGUCGUGGCGUUCAUCAUCGAAAGCUUCUGAAGAUUCAAUCUCUAUGUUCAUCGUAGAUCUCUCGUGGCUUUCUAACUUUUCUCUUCGUUCCGUUCUGAAUUGUAGUGGAGUGGUGUAGCAUUUUUCUCAACUGGUCUAAGAAAAAAAUGAGUUACUCAUCAACUGCUUCGAGUCCCCAAAGAAUCCUACAACCAGGUGGUUACGGUGGUAAUGACUCCCGCAGUAGCAGCACUACUAGUUCUUUCGUGCGUCCAGAGUUAGUAGAAUCGAGUGAAACCGAAGAAGCAGAGUUGGUCUCCGUGUCAUGGAACCAGGACUCCAGUUGUUUCGCUGCUGGAACAAGCCAUGGUUUCCGCAUAUACAACAGCGAGCCUUUCAAAGAAACGUUCAGGCGCGACCUGAAGAACGGUGGUUUUAAGAUUGUAGAGAUGCUUUUCCGGAGCAACAUCUUGGCGCUUGUUGGCGGUGGACCUAACUCUCGGUACCCUUCGACCAAAGUACUGAUCUGGGAUGAUCACCAGAGCCGAUGCAUCAGUGAGUUUUCUUUUAGGUCGGAGAUUCGUGCGGUGAAGCUGAGAAGGGAUCGGAUUGUUGUUGUUCUUGAGCAUAAGAUAUAUGUCUACAGUUUCGUUGAUUUAAGACUUCUUCUUCAGAUUGAGACUCAUGCGAAUCCGAGAGGAUUGUGCUGCCUUUCUCAUCACUCGGAUACAUCCGUGCUGGCUUGCCCUGGCUUACUUCGAGGAGAGAUUCGAGUUGAGCAUUUUGGGCUUAACAUGGUGCAAACGAUAAAUGCACAUGACGCUAGUAUUGCGUGUAUGACCUUGACGCUUGAUGGUCUGUUGCUGGCGACUGCCAGUACAAAGGGCACAUUGAUUAGAAUCUUCAACACAAUGGACGGAACUCGUUUGCAAGAGGUAAGAAGAGGAGUGGACAGAGCAGAGAUUUAUAGCAUUGCACUUUCACCAAACGUGCAGUGGCUGGCAGUAUCAAGCGACAAGGGGACUGUUCACAUUUUCUCUCUUAGAGUUAGAGUAGUUGGGGAGGAUUCUCAUCCCACUGAAAUUGCACCUCUCCUUACACAACGAACUGAUUGUAACUCUCUGCAAGGCCUUGUUUCUCCAGCCACUGGUACCAAUCCUGGUUCGUCAUUGUCAUUUAUGAGAGGUGUUCUACCAAAGUAUUUCAGCUCGGAAUGGUCAUUUGCACAGUUCCAUGUAUCAGAAGUCACGCAAUUCUUCGCAGCAUUUGGCAGUCACAACACGGUUGCUAUCACCGGCAUGGAUGGAAGUUUCUACAGAUGCAGCUUUGAUCCUGUGAAUGGAGGAGAGAUGGUGCAGCUAGAAUAUAUCCACUUUCUAAAGACGGAGAACGGACCGAGAUAAGUCAAAUUCGUUGCUUCGACCACUCGUCUAAGCCUCUGUACAUAACCAUGUCUAUGUAAGUAGAUUUGGUGAGACACUGCAAUAAGAUUUGAUUCAUUGAAUAUUUGCUACUUCGAGUGAAAGACCCGCACUAUUGAUUGGGACUAUGUACAUAGCUACAGCUACAUAUCAAGAUUCAUACAUAGCUACAAUGUUUCAGAUAAUCUCAGUGCAAAAUCAGAUGAUGUAAAGUUUAAUACAUAGUUUCUUUAUAAUACAUUAAUCAUGAA